GUGUAGCUCUCCUGUGCUCAAGUGUGCUCAGUGUCAAUUUGAACUGUGGGAAGUGGAAUGUAAAGAUGAUGCACGGGUUUGAAAACAAGCGAGUGACUGAACAUGUGAUGUGGGUAGAGGAGAACACAGAGAGCCUGCUUGAGUGUGCUGCCAGAUGUGGCCAACACGACCUGGCUGUGACGUGCGGCUACAACCCAAACACGUUAGAAUGUGUUGCCUACAGUGCAAGGUUUACAGAUCCGUCAACCGUGGCCUAUGUGGACAACAGUAAAUACAGAAUGUACUCUCUAAAUCUAGUGACUGUUACAGCUGAACCACCACUGGGUAUUUGUGACACAUCUGAUGAUUGUCCAGUGGUCGACACAGAGUGUAUGGAAGGGGAAUGUGUGUGUAAUAUAACACAGGUCUUUUCCUACGCUGUUGCAGGAUGUGUCCAAGGAUGUUCCCAAUACAGUAAGACGUUCACCAAGUUUGCAGGCCGUGUGAUUUGGGAACAUGACGAUUUGUUGCUGGGAACACUUACAGAGGACGAAUGCCAAGCCGCUUGCGUCAUCGAGACAAGCAUAGUGUGCAAAACAGCACAGUACAGUCCAGUAACAUCUCUUUGCGUUCUGAGUUCUUCUGGCUGGCUGGAUGUUGACGUUUCAGAUAGGGCAACUCGCGAGAGUUAUAACAUCCAUAUCCGGCAUUGUGACUUUUAGACAAAUUAAUUAUAGGAUGUUAGUGUCUAUUGACAAACAUGACUAUAAAGACAAGAGUUCUUCCAGCUGGAUGGAUGUCGAGGUUUUACACAGGGGUAGUAGCCAGGAUUAUAACAUCCAUACCCGGCAUUGUGACCUUUAGAUUGGCGGCAAAUUGAUUACAGGAUGUUUGUGUCUAUUGAAAAACAUGAAAUUAAAGACCAUCUUUAUGUAUUUCGCUAAAGCGUAUAUAUGUAGAGCUUAUAAACAAUUUGGCCAAACACAUGUUUAGAAUUUGCUUCAUUAUUGUGAGUGUUGAUGUGGUAUAACUUGUUCCAUAUAUAAAAUAUUUUCACAGGUCACUAGUUGACUGAUUCCAUAAGCGGUAUAAUCAAUCACGUGUCUGGCUUAGGAAGUCAGUUAAUUUUAGCUCACCUGAAAGCCAAGAUCUUAUGUCAUGGCGUGUUUGUCUAUCGUAAACAUCUCUGAAACAGCUACACCAAAGAAGCUAAAGCUUCACAUUCUUGUUCCCACCAAUCCCAAUUUGUCCACUAAUGGCCACAAACCCAGCCAAUUUUACCAAAAAGUAAUUCGCACAUGUAGUUAGAAGUUUGGAUAAACACACACGUUCUUCGUUUUUGGUGGUAUUGAAAUUAUGACUUUGACCUUUGCAUUUCAUCCUUUCUUCUUAGUUCUCAUAAAAUGCAUUUCCUCGCAUGGUCUGCUGAGAAACCAGCAGAGAAGUUGUAACCUUACAUGAUUGCUUCCACCAACGAUGACAUCCCAAUUUGUUCAAGUGGUUCAAAUCUCAGCCAUAUUGAAACAUCUAUGUAUGUUAAUUUGGAUUGUUUUUCCGAUUCUUUACAUAGAGUAUG